CUUGUGCAAUGUGACUUCGCCAUGAACUCGCCCGUGCCCAGCUGGCUCCUAGGUUUGUUGUUGGGGCGGGGGGAGCGGCGGGGGGAGAGAAAGGGAUCCUGACGAAAGCGGAACUCGGUGGAGCCCAUACAAAUCAGAAAAGGGCUAGUCCAGAAGAGCAGUGAGUGGAUAUCUGAGCCUGCUGAUCAGAGACGACGCUGGGCUGGCUGCCUCUUGAAAGCGAGAGACGGAAAGGGGGGGACCACAAGCCCACCAGGCACAGGCAGGGCUUAAAGCAGGCAGGCGCGAGAGGCAGUUUGAGCAGAUCCUCCUGCGAGAUCUGGGGGAGCCACCGCUGGGAUCCUGUGGGCGAGGGGGAGGGGAGGAGCUGAUCCCCUCCAGCCAGCCGAGUCUUCGAAAGGAGCCGCAGCAGGUGGUGGCGGUGGCGCUGCCAUGAUGGCCACCAGCUACCCAGACCCCCCGCCCGAGGACACGGUGGCCCUGCUGCAUCAGGCCAAGGAGCCGGGCAUCGGCGGCGGCGAGGCGGGGGCCAAAUGCGAGCUGAGCCCGGCUUCCAGCAAGACGGCGUCGUCGGCAGCGGCGGCGGCAGCGUCGUCGGAGAAGGGCGACCCGUCGCAGAAGCCGCCUUUCUCGUACGUGGCGCUGAUCGCCAUGGCCAUCCGCGAGAGCGCCGAGAAGCGCCUGACGCUGUCGGGCAUCUACCAGUACAUCAUCAGCAAGUUCCCCUUCUACGAGAAGAACAAGAAGGGCUGGCAGAACAGCAUCCGCCACAACCUGAGCCUCAACGAGUGCUUCAUCAAGGUGCCGCGAGAGGGCGGCGGCGAGCGCAAAGGCAACUACUGGACGCUCGACCCGGCCUGCGAGGACAUGUUCGAGAAGGGCAACUACCGCCGCCGCCGCCGCAUGAAGAGGCCCUUCCGCCCGCCGGCCGGCCACUUCCAGCCCGGGAAGAGCCUCUUCGGGGCCGCGGCCGAGGCGGCGGGCUACGGCUACCUCACGGCGCCGCCCGCCAAGUACCUGCAGGCGCCUUUCCUCAACGCCGCGGCCGCAGCCGCCGCCUCGUGGUCCCUGGCGCAGCCCGCGCCUCCGCCGCCGCCCCAGGCGCCCUCCGCGGGCUCCUACGCGGCCUGUCAGAUGGCGGCCGUGGACGGAGGCGCGGGCGGCGCGGGCGGCGGAGGAGGCGGCGGCGGGAACGGCAGCGCCACGGGCGCCCUCAGCCCGGUCAGCGCCAAGGGAGUGGGACUCUCGGCCGGGCCCGGCGUGUCCGCGGCCGGCUCCGCCUACGGCCCUUACUCGCGCCUGCCCGCCAUGGUGAACUCGUACAACGGCAUGGGCCACCACCACCCGCACCACCACCCGCACGCCCACCACCACCACCCGCACGCCCACCACCAUCACCACCACCACCACCACGCGGCGCAGCAGCUGGGCGCAGCUGCCGUGGCGGCCGCCGCCGCAGCCGCCGCCGCUGCCUCGGCGGGCAGCCCCACGCCCCAAGCGGCGCCCAACGGAGCCGGCGGCCUGCAGUUCGCCUGCGCGCGGCAGCCGCCGGAGCUGGCCAUGAUGCACUGCUCCUAUUGGGACCACGACAGCAAACACAGCGCCUUGCACUCCAGGAUAGACAUCUGAGGGGCCCCGGCCAGCGAGCCUCGGGCUGGGAAGGGAGCCUCGGCCCUCCUCCCCUCCCCAAAAGCCUCUUGGAUUUUCUCCUCGUCCCCGAGCCAUAAAGUGACUUUUAGUGCCAAAACAAGAGAGCCCCGGCCAACAAUCUCUCCCACCCCCACCCCCCCGCGCCCUCCUCUUUCUCUCUCUGAAACGAUAACGCUCUGAUCCGGGUGUGCGUGAAGGCAGCGUAAGUGCAGAGAAACUUUCGUCCUCACCCUUCUUGCUUCCGCAGCUUCGCCGCUCGUUUUCCCGGCUGUCACUGGCUUUUGGGAUUUGCAGCUGUAUCUUUGACAAAAUGACAGUGCCUGUACACAAGCCCACGGACGGUGAAACAUCUCACUUGGCGUUGUUUCUUUUCUGUGCGUUGUUUACACGGGUCACGAUCCUAAAUGCAUUUCCUUGAAAUUAGGACCCCUUCCUUAAACAUUAUUAGGCCAAAGUAAGUGUUGCUGGCUUACUUUUAGCUAAUAUGUUUGAGAUCGGGAUGUUGGUGUCAUUCAUUACUGUGGGAUUUAUUUUCCACCGAGAGUGUAUAGGGUGAGGUUUGAAGUCACCGAAAAGGAGGGAAAAUUCCAAAUUUAUGAAGAUAAACUGAAGGAGGGCUAAUGUACACUACACUUGGGAGAAAGUCCCACUGAAAUCAGUGGAACGUUCUUCCAUGGCUGCAGAAGAAAUGGUAAUUGGUACAGAUAGAUGAAAAGCAACGAAGCAAUAACCUGAUCUGCAGCCUCGUUAAACUACACCACUAAAAUGUAAUCCUUAUGGGUGCCAUCUAGGGAAAAAACCAAAUACCUUUACUUCAUAGACUAUCCCGUUAAAAUAAACCUGACUCGCUUUCCCCAAGUCCCAGUGAAUUGACUGUAAAUCCUAUUGAAAUGAAUGGAUGUUUUAUCAUGUAAGUCCCGAGCUGUUUACAUCCCAAUGAUUUCAAUAGCAUUUAUCUGCCCAGUUUGAGGUGCAAAGCUCAACCAUCUCAUUGAUAUCAAUAGACUAGGACUGCAUCUGUUGUCUGGAAUGAAACUGUCCACCUUCAAUUUAAAAUGCAAAUUUCAGGGGAAUUUAUUUCCAAGUAAAUUGGAGGAUCCCAAACACUCUUCUGUGGAGGUAAAUUCAAUUGAAAAGCGGCACAAUUUAAUUCUACAGGAGUGGUUUCUAGGGAGUUCGAAAGCUCAAUGGAUUGUCCGUUUCAUUCUGAUUCUAAAUACACACGUACUUGGAAAUUCAGUCCCAUCAGUGUCAGUGAGAUUUAGAUCUAUAUAUAUUUAGGGUUGAAAGGGGAACCGGUUUCUUAGGAAAUGAAUUUAGGAUGGGGUGUAAAUGUAGAAGUGAAAAUUAAAGCGCUUCGAAUUAAUAAAACUGUAAGUUCUAAUCACUGAGAAAACUGCUAUAAAACUAUCUGUGUCUUGAAAGGAUUGACUGAUGCGUAAUAAAAUAAGCGAAAGGCGCUAGUUCUUUCCCAGCCUGUUUUCGGCAUAGGCCUGUCCACUGUGAUAUCAGAAGAUUUUUAUGCGGGGGCGGGGGGAGAAUUGCACUUCUUCUUCAAAGCUGUAUGUUUCUGUCCAAACUAGUUCUUAUUUGGACUGUUCUUUCUUAUUUGGGGAGCAGCACCCAUUUUAAGGGUGUCCGGUAGCCAUAUCGAUUUGAUCGUUGACACACGAAGGAGAUUUGAGAACAAUUUUGGGAGCAAUAGGUAUAUAUAGAUAUAUAUAUAUUAUUUUUUAAAAAUAGAAAAUGUUCUCGUGAGAUAGAGUAAUUUUAUGCAAGUCUAAAUUUAUAUUUGGACGUAAGUCUGUUUCCCGAAAUUAUUAUUAAUAGUAAUAAUUGAGACUAUUUUUUCCAAGUAUAUUAUUAUUAUAUUGUUUUUCAAUUGAUGUUAAGAGUGAUUUAUUUGUCAUUUUCGACUCACAUUAUCUUGGCUCCAAACAAAUCUUUAUUAGGCUCUUCUCAGACUCUUUUUUUUUUUUUAAGCAAAGUUUUGAUCCUCAGACCUUAGAUAAUAUGGGAGGAAAUGUGUUUAUAAAUUUGGGGGGGCAGUUCAUGGCAAUUUCCUAAAUGCCUGUGUAAACGGAUAGCUAUUUUGGUAUUGUACCAUUCUGGGACCAACUUUUCUAGAAUAACCUAGCACUUUUAUUGUAUAUCGUAGCUUUGUAUAGUCUCCAAUAAAAUGUUUUCUUUUCUCUUUUAA